AUGAACUGGUCGUCCAAACCUAUAGUCAAGAGUAUCGGUGAUUACAUCUAUAAGAUGCACAUCAAUGCAGACUAUUUUGUUAACUUUGCCGACGCACAUGCAAAACAGAUACCCGACCCAACUCUGGUCUACCAUUUCGGGGAACUAUUCAAUAACACAGUUAUGAAACAAUUCGCGACUUAUUUGUAUGCAUUGGACGGCAAAGAGAAGUAUUUAUUAGGUGAUGGAGGAAAUGGACAUUUGCAUCAAUUUUAUAUGGAAAUGAUUGCAUAUCCAUCUCUUAAGACCUUAGUGCCUAAAGCUCCUCAACCUCUGGAGUCGUGGUUUCCUGACCUCCAAGUGAUUACAUUGCGAUCAGAAGAGGGCUCAGCUAAAGGAUUAUUUUUAGGGGCAAAGGCGGGCACUAAUGAUGAGAGCCACAACCACAACGACGUCGGGAACUUUGUACUCUAUGUCAACGGAUUACCCGCUCUAAUAGACAUAGGAGUGGGUACCUAUACUAAGGACACCUUCGGUCCCCAUCGCUAUGACAUAUGGACGAUGCAAUCCCAAUGGCAUAACACCCCAACCAUUAAUGGCGUUCAGCAAAAGGCUGGCGCACAAUAUGUGGCCAGAAAUGUGACCUAUAAUAAGACAAGUGCCGAGUUUGAGGCCGAUAUAGCCGGCGCUUACCCUAAAGAAGCACAGGUUAAGAGUUGG